GGACGACCUCUCCAAGAUGGCCGCCGUAUUUCCUGCGCCGGAGCAGCCAAUGCGGGUUUACUCUAUAUGUGUAUGGAGGAAACAGAGCUCCGCGCGGGAAGAGGCCGGAAGUGGAAACCUCGGGUUAGACAGCCAACAGAACUAUAGAAGCAGACGAGGACAGCAGGUCCAGACUAAAGGCGGUUCGGAACCAGUCCUGGUCCAGGAUGAAGAUCUAUUUCUGCGGCAGCAUCCGGGGCGGCAGGUCGGACCAGCAGCUCUACCAGAGGAUCGUGAACGAGCUGCACAGAUACGGGAGCGUGCUAACCGAGCACGUGGCCAGCGCCGAGCUCAGAGACUCAGGAGAGGAGGGCCCAGCAGGGGGCGACAGAGCCAUCCAUGACCGAGACCUGGCCUGGCUGCAGCAGUCUGACGUGGUGGUUGCCGAGGUGACGCAGCCGUCCCUGGGCGUCGGCUACGAGUUGGGCCGGGCCGCCGACAUGAAGGAGAAGAAGGUGCUGUGUUUGUUCCGGCCGUCGUCAGGACGCGCGCUGUCGGCCAUGAUCCGAGGGGCGGCGGACGGCCGGCGCCUCCAGGUGGUGGACUACAGUGAGGACCAGCUGGAGGCGGUUCUGGACCGGUUCUUCAGCAGCCUGCAGUCGGUCUGACCAAUCAGAGCGCCGCCAGCGGUCACCAUGGUUACGCCCACCGGGACAGGGCGGGGUUUGUUUGAAUUUUUCUGGAAAAGUGGCUAAAAAGCCACUGCUGCUGUUUUAUUGAAAAUUACAAGAAACAGAAAGCGCCUGAUGACCCAUCAUCAUCUUCAUCAUCUUCAUCAUCUUCAUCAUCUUCAUCAGCAGCACAAAGGGUCAGAGGUGACGGGGAAGACGUAGAGUUUGUCUAGUAGAAUGGAAUAUCUUUGUGUAAAUAUCUUUCGUCCUUAUUGGGGAUUUUUGAUAUUUUAUUAUUCAAUGUUUCAGCUUGUAGUUUCCAUUUGGCUUCAUAUCUGAGCAGCAGCAGUUUCAUUAAACGUCUCUUUGUCCAAAACUUGAUUAAAAUGGUCUUUCAUCAAAGGAGAUUCUUUUCCUGGUUCUUUGCAGAAUAUCUGACUGUAUUCACAUUAAACAUAAAUAGUUUCAAGAUGAA